UUUCCAGGAAGCAGGCGCCUGAGACGUCGCCAUUGGUGCGAGGCGGACGGAGGGGCGGCGGGACGGAAUGCUCAGUUCCGGACGAGACCAUUAACGCCGGCAAGGGAGGGAGACGUUGUUGAGUGCUGCGUGCUGCUGCGGAGUUCCUGCAAUGGCCCAGACGCCGAAGCUGAUCUUGCUCUUCAGCGGGAAGAGAAAGUCGGGCAAGGACUUCGUGGCGGAGGAAAUCCAGAGCCAGUUGGGUCCUGAUGUUUGUACUAUCCUGCGGCUGUCAGAACCCCUCAAAGAGCAGUAUGCCAAGGAGCACGGCUUGGACUUCCAGCGCCUCUUGGACUCCAGCUCUUACAAGGAGACGUAUCGGCAGGACAUGAUCCGAUGGGGAGAGGAGCGGCGCCAGGCCGACCCGGGAUUCUUCUGCCGCAUUGUGGUUGAGGGCGUUACACAGCCCAUCUGGAUAGUGAGUGACACGAGGCGCAUCUCGGACGUGGAGUGGUUCCAGGACGUGUAUGGGGAUCUGGUGAAAGUGGUGCGUGUCGUGGCCACGGAGGAAACGCGAAAGAGACGGGCCUGGGUCUUCGUAAUGGGGAUCGACGACGCGGAAUCCGAAUGUGGCCUGGAUCAGGGCGUGCCUUAUGACUGGGUCAUCACCAACGACGGAGACCAGCUUUCCCUGGAUGCUCAGCUGGAGAAACUGCUUCAGCUUAUCCACAGCAAGCUGUAGCGAAACCCAGGCCCCUUGCGUUAUCUCCACUUCUUUCUCUUUCUCUCUCUCUCUCUCUCUGUCUCCCUCCACCCCACCCUCCAUUCCUUCAGGACCAGGGCUGGGGUUUGGCUGAAUCACCAAAGAAAGAGAAUCUGGAGAAUGCCGCCGCAGACUGCGGUCAGGUGCGCCUCAAGGCAAGGCGUUUCUGGGUGGGGUUUUUUUCCCCCCCCCACCCCACCCUUCUCUUCCUUUCAUUUUGGAGAGUCCAUUCCAGCGAGUGCCAUAAUCCAGUGCCAGUUCUUCCCUCCCCGUGACUCCAUUCCAGGCAGGGUGUGCAUCUCCAUCCUGGCCAGCUGCUCGCUUGUGUGUCAUUUCCGCGAGCUGUUCUUUUGCACUCGUACCUGGCACUGGCGCCUUCCCCACCUAGCAUCAGGUGGGGGCUGAUGUUUGCAGGAAAUGUAUGUUUGUGCUGUGGGAGGGGGCAGUUUCGGGUCCGUUUCGGGUUUUCCUCCCUCCCUCCCAAGCCCAUCUUGGGUCGCAGUUUUAGACUUUUACAGGCUUUUGGCCACCAGGGGGCAGAAUAACCUCAAGCUUAACACUUCUGCGGCUCUGUUCCUGGUACAAAUCUUAUUUCGUAACUCUUGCCUAGCUCUGCGCCUGUCAAUCAUCCUGUCCACCUGAAUCCGGCAGGAUAGGUUCCCCUCGACGGGUUGAAUUAUAUGCAUGUUAUUUUCAGGGGGCAUUUUCUAGUCCUGCUCCUCGUCCCAGAUUCAAGCUGAUUUUUAUCUGAGACAGGAACGCUUUUGAGUGUUACUUUUAGCUGCUUCUGAUGACUGACCACACACACUUUCCCUAAGGUGGGGGGGGGGAAUCGCUGUGCCUUAUUCUUAAAAGUGCUGACCACCUCUUGUUCUCCUCGCUUGCCCAGCUCCCCAGCCAAAUCCUUAAUUUGGGAAUCAUCUCACCAACUUCUUCCCUGACAAAGGCUCCUGUGCCUUUUCCUUGCUGUGUGAUGGGAAAGAGGUGGGGGACGGAAGUUCAAUAGGUGGGGAUCAAGCCGGAGUGGGAGAGCUGAGCCUGUUGGAUUAAUCCCCGGAACAUAAACUACACGGCUUUUUUACUCGGGUGGGAACGUUAUUCGGCAAGUUCUGAAUGACGCAGGAGACAUGAUGGGGAAAGUAGUUGGCAACGCAACCAAAAUGGGUUCUAAGCUGAGAAAUUGCAGGACAGGCUUUUGCUGCUGAGGGGGGGGGGCGACCAAUCUGUGCAGGAAUUGAGAGUUGAGCGCUUGGGCUGGGGGUGAGAUAGUCAUGUGGGCUGCUGCUGGGAGCAAAACUAGGGACAGGGUGAAGGUUUGCAAUGGAUGCAACCCGAUUUGCCCCCGGGCUACAGAAUACCUAGCAUAUUCCCUGGCCGUGUUUGCACAUCACACCAAAUCACGGUUUGAGCCUAGUCCCCUCUAGGAGUCGUGCGUUUCCCCUCUCCUUAUCCUCUCGCACAGCCAGAAAAGGAGGAUUUUGGAAGAUUUCGCUUCCCCUUUCCUUUAAACUUGCCAUGUCCAAUCCCAGUUUCACCAUAGCAAGGGCUCAUUUCAGCAAGGCAGCUUCAUGAAAUCAUGGUUUGCAUUUGGCAUCUUUUGAAACAGACCAUAGUCGAGCCGUGGUGCCUCAUUCAGAUGCAAGCUUGCAACAGCUUCUGAAACUGUCCUGGCUGCGCAGGAGACUUGAGGGUCGUGGGAGAGGUGGUCCGGCUCAAUAAUGUUGCACUAAACCAUGGUUUGAGUGUAAUGUGCAAACACAGCCCAGGUACACAGGACGAGGUCCCCCCUCUGCUCCUUUCAGCACACCUGACUUCCUUUCCCACACCGCAAACUCGAUGUGCGGCUGUAUAAUCUCUUGCUAAUGCCACUCACUGCUCAACCAAAUGCCCAUUUCCUCUCUUCCCCUCUGGAGAGGAAGAAGAUUGUUGUACUCAAAAUAAAGCUUUGGAUUGGUUACA